AGACAGAAUCUUGCCCUAUCACCCAGCUGGAGUGCAGUGGCACCAUUGCAGCUUACUGCAGCCUCAAACUCCUGGCUCAAGGGAUCCUUCAGCUUCAGCCUCCUGGUUAACUAGGACUAUAGUGGGCUCAUUGAGCAACUCUGAGGACAUCAGUUUUGAAAGCAAGUGAAAGUCUGAGGAAACUUUUCCUUUUUGGUGAACAAGUGAUUAUUUUCUCUUGGUUCUUUGAAAAACCUCGCUUGUGCUGGGGUUUGUGGCUGAGCCCGGUGACGUCAGUGUGGCAGUGCGGAGUCAGGCGCAGCGGCUCCCUAUAAGCAGAGGAGCUGUCCGUGUGCUGAAACGGCCCGAGAAGCUCGCCCGGAGAACGGGGAGGAAUAUGCUGUGGAGCUCCUCUGCCAUAUAAACAAAAAGAGGAAAUCUUUCAAACAUGGCUGAAGCAAAGACCCACUGGCUUGGAGCAGCCCUGUCUCUUAUCCCUUUAAUUUUCCUCAUCUCUGGGGCCGAAGCAGCUUCAUUUCAGAGAAACCAGCUGCUUCAGAAAGAACCAGACCUCAGGUUGGAAAAUGUCCAAAAGUUUCCCAGUCCUGAAAUGAUCAGGGCUUUGGAGUACAUAGAAAAGCUCCGACAACAGGCUCAUAAGGAAGAAAGCAGCCAAGAUUAUAAUCCCUACCAAGGUGUCUCUGUCCCCCUUCAGCAAAAAGAAAAUGGCGAUGAAAGUCACUUGCCCGAGAGGGAUUCACUGAGUGAAGAAGACUGGAUGAGAAUAAUACUCGAAGCUUUGAGACAGGCUGAAAAUGAGCCUCAGUCUGCACCAAAAGAAAAUAAGCCCUAUGCCUUGAAUUCAGAAAAGAACUUUCCAAUGGACAUGAGUGAUGAUUAUGAGACACAGCAGUGGCCAGAAAGAAAGCUUAAGCACAUGCAAUUCCCUCCUAUGUAUGAAGAGAAUUCCAGGGAUAACCCCUUUAAACGCACAAAUGAAAUAGUGGAGGAACAAUAUACUCCUCAAAGCCUUGCUACAUUGGAAUCUGUCUUCCAAGAGCUGGGGAAACUGACAGGACCAAACAACCAGAAACGUGAGAGGAUGGAUGAGGAGCAAAAACUUUACACGGAUGAUGAAGAUGAUAUCUACAAGGCUAAUAACAUUGCCUAUGAAGAUGUGGUGGGGGGAGAAGAUUGGAACCCAGUAGAGGAGAAAAUAGAGAGUCAAACCCAGGAAGAGGUGAGAGACAGCAAAGAGAAUAUAGAAAAAAAUGAACAAAUCAAUGAUGAGAUGAAACGCUCAGGGCAGCUUGGCAUCCAGGAAGAAGAUCUUCGGAAAGAGAGUAAAGACCAACUCUCAGAUGAUGUCUCCAAAGUAAUUGCCUAUUUGAAAAGGUUAGUAAAUGCUGCAGGAAGUGGGAGGUUACAGAAUGGGCAAAAUGGGGAAAGGGCCACCAGGCUUUUUGAGAAACCUCUUGAUUCUCAGUCUAUUUAUCAGCUGAUUGAAAUCUCAAGGAAUUUACAGAUACCCCCAGAAGACUUAAUUGAGAUGCUCAAAACUGGGGAGAAGCCGAAUGGAUCAGUGGAACCGGAGCGGGAGCUUGACCUUCCUGUUGACCUAGAUGACAUCUCAGAGGCUGACUUAGACCAUCCAGACCUGUUCCAAAAUAAGAUGCUCUCCAAGAGUGGCUACCCUAAAACACCUGGUCGUGCUGGGACUGAGGCCCUACCAGACGGGCUCAGUGUUGAGGAUAUUUUAAAUCUUUUAGGGAUGGAGAGUGCAGCAAAUCAGAAAACUUCGUAUUUUCCCAAUCCAUAUAACCAGGAGAAAGUUCUGCCAAGGCUCCCUUAUGGUCCUGGAAGAUCUAGAUCGAACCAGCUUCCCAAAGCUGCCUGGAUUCCAUAUGUUGAAAACAGACAGAUGGCAUAUGAAAACCUGAACGACAAGGAUCAAGAAUUAGGUGAGUACUUGGCCAGGAUGCUAGUUAAAUACCCUGAGAUCAUUAAUUCAAACCAAGUGAAGCGAGUUCCUGGUCAAGGCUCAUCUGAAGAUGACCUACAGGAAGAGGAACAAAUUGAGCAGGCCAUCAAAGAGCAUUUGAAUCAAGGCAGCUCUCAGGAGACUGACAAGCUGGCCCCGGUGAGCAAAAGGUUCCCUGUGGGGCCCCCGAAGAAUGAUGAUACCCCAAAUAGGCAGUACUUGGAUGAAGAUCUGUUAAUGAAAGUGCUGGAAUACCUCAACCAAGAAAAGGCAGAAAAGGGAAGGGAGCAUAUUGCUAAGAGAGCAAUGGAAAAUAUGUAAGCUGCUUUCAUUAAUUACCCUACUUUCAUUCCUCCCACCCCAAGCAAAUCCCAACAUUUCUCUUUAGUGUGUUGACUUCUAUCCUGUUAACACUGUAAUAUCUUUAAAUGAUGUACAGGCAGAUGAAACCAGGUCACUGGGGAGUCUGCUUCAUUUCCUCUGAGCUGUUAUCUUGUGUAUGGAUACGUGUAAAUGUUAUGACUCCUUGAUAAAAAAUUUAUUAUGUCCAUUAUUCAAGAAAGAUAUCUAUGACUGUGUUUAAUAGUGUAUCUAAUGGCUGUGGCAUUGUUGAUGCUCACAUAUGAUAAAAAGUGUCCUAUAAUUCUAUUGAAAGUUUUUAAUAUUUAUUGAAUUAUUUUGUUACUGUCUGUAGUGUUUUGUGGAGUACUGGACCAAAAAAAUAAAGCAUUAUAAAUAUAUAGUUUUAUUUAUAAGGCCUUUUCUAUUGUGUGUUUUACUGUUGAUUAAUAAAUGUUAUUUCUGGACAA